GAAUUAGAAGUUUGUCCCUUUAAAUCUACAGCCACCUGUCUAAGUGCCGUAGUUUUUUCCGGGUUUGCAAAAUACGAAUAAACUGGUUUGAGACUGUAACAGGCUAGUACCAGUACAGUUUACAGGAGCGGUGUCAGAGUGAGGAUUAGUUUUGUGUAAAUCCACAAGCUUCCAAUUUGACAAACUGUCGGGUAGUGGGUUUAUAUAUUUUUAGCUAUACAUAUAUAUUUAUCAUUACUUUUUUAUUUUUUUAAACAAUGGACUGCUUAUUUAUUUUUGUUUAUUUAGACAUGCCAUAUCCACUUGCAUUUGUCCGGCUGUCGCCUGCAGUUUAAAUCGCUUCUCCAGCUCAGCAACCCGGGCAGUGUCUGACGUACAGAUUCCAGAGAAUACGUGAUGAGUGUAUGGUCUUGUACACGCUAGGAUGCUCCAGAUUCCCCUGCCCCUGGACCGGGACCCUACUCUGUUCCGGCUGCGGUUUACCUCCUUCGCUGUUGUCACUGUCUGCUGCCCUCUCUUGGGGUUUGUGUCCUGUAUCAUUAUCUCUCUGCUCUUCCAUUUCAAGGAGACUACUGCCACACACUGUGGGGUCUCAAACUACCUCCCGUCUAUUAGCGCUGCCAUCGGUGGGGAGACGCCCCAGCGCUACAUCUGGCGUUUCUGUAUCGGCCUGCACUCUGCGCCCAGGUUCUUGGUGGCAGUGGCCUACUGGAACCACUACCGCAUUCUUUCUGCCACACACCGCUACUACCAGCCACUGUGCCACCUCAACCUGCUGCUGAGUGUCUUGGAAAACCUGGGGCUGAUGAUACUCACCUACGUGUCCUCCAAUGAGAAUUACUUGGUCCAUAAAAAUGCCUUCAUCCUGUUCAUGUUUUCUGCACUGUGCCACAUGUGUCUGACCUGCAAGCUGUGGCGACUGGCUAAGAAACACACAGUAAGUUCUGAGGAACUGACUUCCUAUCUCUGGAAGCAUCGCAUCUUCAUCUUCAACCUGAUUACCUUCACUCUUGCCCUCUGUGUUUUUGUUAGGCAUAACACCUACUGCGAACCAGGGGCGUACACAGCAUUCGCAUUCCUGGAGUACCUGGUGGUGCUGUCCAAUAUGGCAUUUCACAUGACGGCGUACUGGGAUUUUGGGAACAAGGAGCUGGUCAUAGGCAUACCGCCCGAGGACAAGCGAUUCUAAUGGUCCUGCCAGGGGCAUGGGGGACUUGCAGACAACAGUAGCACAUUGACAUAAGUGGAUGCAAGGACACAGGAAAGCUGCCAUUCACACUGACAAUCGGAAUGCUUGUUCACCCAGAGCCGCUUUGAAGGGGCUCGAAAGAACUUAUGAGCUGGGUCUCCUCUCUCUCUCUCUGGAUCGCUCUCAGUGGUUCUUUUACAGAUUCUAUUUUUUUUUUGAGAUUCACACAUUUAUUCUCAAUGUAUCCCUUUAAUCCAAAAGGCAAAAAGGAAUAACGGUGAGAAUGUUGAUUUGUUGCCACAAUUGAGAGAUUCUCUCUGUAGGCAGACACAGGCAAUACACUAGACUUGAACAGCAGAGUAUUUCAGGAUUUGUUGGUGCUAAAAAAAUUUUUAAAAAAAGUUUACUGACUGAAGAUCACUUUAAGAGGUUGUGAAUUUUUAUUUCUGUGAAUAAAACUGAAGUAAUAAUUGUUAGUGCCAUACAGGUUUAAAACAAAGUUGCAAAGUUAAUUUAUUUAAAAAUCUGUAUAAUUCUAAGUAUUUAACAGAAUUGUUAGAUACGGCUGAACUUCAAACAAAUGCAGUUUUUCCGAUGAUGGAAUUAGACUAUGCUAAAAGAUAAUGAUUAACAUUUUCGAAAGUGAAUUAAGAAUAUGGUAUUUAGAAUGUGCCCAUGAUAUUUUGGUGAUAUUUGUGGAUUUUAGUCUUAAUUUUUUUAAUUUAACUUCGGUUUUGUUGGUGACUGGUUUCCUUUACUGUUUAUAUUGAUUUUAUGAUGAUGAUGGCAAGUAAAUAAAUAGGACUUUCUCUUUUAUUUAUGUCCCUGUUUUUAAUACGAAAUGCAAACUGAUGAUGACGCCCCAUUGUUAACCCAACUGAACAAAAUGGCUCUGCCUUCGUUUGAAUUGUGUGUACUUUUAAAGCCACAAUACUUCAUCUGACCCUCCCAGUGGUGUGCACACAUGGAAUGAGAGUUUGCAUCACAGCCAGGGCUAUACUGUUUGUGAAACCAGCUCUUUUAAUACAGAUACAAAUGCUUUUUCUGUGGAUGUUAAUGAGUAAUGCUCAUAUCACCAGAAUUUUGCAUAGGGGAAUUUUUAUUAUUUUUGGGUAUCCUUUUGGGUAACUUUUAAAAUCCUACUUGCAAUACAGCAAGAAUGUCUCUGUUUCUGAGGGCUGUGUGAGGAUGGGCAACUGUAAACAUAUUUUAUUUUUGAGCUGCUACUGUGUUUUUUGCAUCAGAUGACAACAUCUGGGUUCUGUUUUAAAAACAUUACCUGUAAGCAACAACACUAAAAGUUGACUUAAUUGGUUUAGAUCUGGUGUGUAGGUGGUCUUGCUUUUAUUUUGAUUUGUAUGCAGAUAUUCUUUUCAUGUUUAGUCACAUUUAUAUAUAUACAUAUAUAUACGUACAUACAUACAUACAUACAGUGGCUUCUGGCUUCACCUCC